CCAACUCCUCCCAUGCACGUUGAUGAACAACUAUUUCUGAUAGAAGGUUCAAGCUAUAUGUCAAAUACUCAGCCUCAGAUGGUAGAAUAAUAGAAUGAAAUAGAAGAAGAACAUAGAAGUGUGCAGAACACAUGCAAUCCUAAUCCGCAACAGAGAAGGAGAAAGCAGAGUUCCGGUCGGACGAGGAAGAAGAACCCUGUUGAGUUACUAAAGGAAACGACGCCUCAAAGCCUACAAUAGAGAAGUGUAUCUGGCCUUUGUAGACAGGCAAGUGGCAGCAAUAUUUGGUUUGUGUAUACUAUAGUUUUUGCCCUGUAGCUUAGCCAUUAGAGUUUAAAUAGUUUUGUAGGAAUCAUUGUACAGGGUAGCAAUAUCUUUUCUGAUCUUUGAGCAAUACAAGAAAAACGAUCGAGAAUUGUUCCGCAACCCUUCGUGUUCGUACAAACAAACAUUCUCAAACUGCUCAACAAUGAGAUCAGAGACACUGCAAUCGUAGCUGCACUGUCCUUCUUUCUUGUCGGAUACGGUAAGUCAGUACUCUUUACUCGUCGUCAUCGUAAUUUGCUUAAACCUUGUACUAAUAUUUCGCUCGUUUUAAUCAUAACUCCGCCAAUGCCAGAUAACUCCAUGGCGAAGCUCGGGUGGCAGAGCAAUCCUUGCUAUGGUUCUUGUGGAAAGAACGAAACACCCAACUUUUCAAUGGUUAUAACUCAUAAGAACCCGGAAUAUGAAAUUGCCUCUCGAGCACACUACUUCCUAAUGCUAAUAGACUAUAAGGAGCACCAGCUCAGUGAGGAAGUCAUUAGAGAAAUGGGAGAGGGCCAUUAUAAGAAGAAGUGGAAGCGACCAUGUCAAGGGAGUAUAUCAGUGGCUACGGAGGCAAGUGUUAUUGUGAGCGGGGGUGCAGGCCUGGGAUUGGUUAUCAGGGAUGGUGCAGGUCGAUUCCUAGCUGCUGCUGCCUGCUGCAAAGAAAUUUCAUAGGGAGUGGAGUGUGGAUUAGGCGAAAGCUUUGGCCGCUGAGAUGGGAGUUCAAUUGGCAAGGCAGCUGAAUUAUGAUUCCAUCAUACUUGAGUCGGACAGUCAGAACAUUAUCCGAAUCCUUCAAAACCCACACACAUUGCAAAUGGAGCUCGGUGUUCUUUGUCGAAAUGUGAGACGUAUGCUUGAUGAGCUGAUGAACAGCAACUGGAGAUUUAUAUUCCUAGAGACAAACAAUGCAUCCCACAUAAUGGCGCAUGCAUAUAGUAGAUGGGAUGAACGAAUUGUCUGGCUUGGCAGGCCGCCGAUUUAUCUUAUUGACCAAUUGAUUAAUGAUGAUGUAACAUCAAUUUCUGCUUAAUAAAAGUAUAGCAGGUUUCCAUAAAAAAAUAUCUUUUAAGCUCACCUUUUACAUUUCCCACCAAAUUUGGGUACGGUAUGGUAUGGUAGGGAUGGCAAUUACCCACACAUGGGUAAUUAUACCCAAACCCAAGUAGACCCAUUGAUAAUGGGUUGGGUAUGGGUGAAGUGCAUAUGGGUUUGGGGGUUUGUAGAUGGGUUUGGGUAAGGUAUGAAUAUUGCUUCCAUAAUCUAAAUGGGUAUGGGUUGGAUAUGGAUAUCCAUUUACUUGAGGGUGUUUUAACUACACAUGCAAAAGUUGGACCUAUUUGUAAAACUUGAAAAUUUUAGGUACCAAAAUGUAAGACCAAAAAAAUUUAGGUACCAAGACGUAAUUUUCCAUCGAUAUUUUAAGGAUUUAUAUGCAAAAAAAUUAAAUAUGCAUAUCUAUUAAGUUUAGGUGCCAAAAUGUAAUUUGUAUUUGGGCAUGGGUACAACCCCAAAUCCAUUUGUUAUAAACCCAACCCAACCCAAAGUAAAUGGGUAUGGGUACAAACCCAUCAAACUCUACCCAUAUCCAUCUAUUUGGAUUUCAUACCCAACCCAAUUGGGUUGGAUAGUUAAAAAGCCAUGGGUAUGGGCAAAAUUGUCAUCCCUACGGUAUGGUACAUACCGGCCUUGAGCUGUGGGCUAAACAUUCCGGCCCAUUAAGAAAGGGACCACUGCGCC